CCUCACUCUUGCUCGUUAACGAGUCUUUUAGUAUUACAAUCCUUUUCAGUAGCUAUGCUACGUUAUACAAGAGAAGUUAUGAACAGUCAUCAGAAUAUUUACUUAACAUCCAUUGGUACUUUCUAGGAAUGCCAAUACGUCGGUGUCCCUGCGCUGUCCCAUAGCAGCGGUUUGAUAUCAACGAUGUCUUCUCACCAUCGUCAAGUAUGGCUAUUGGGACCGCAUGAUCAUCAACAAACUUAGAAUCCGCCAGCCCUUACUCCUCUGAUAACGAUUUGUAUUGCAGAUCAUCCUUGCUCACUCCCAGGGCUACCCACGUUGCGUCGCCCUCCAUCUGACCGGUCUUUGUCCUAGAACAGGAAUGCCCGCCCCUUGACUUCGCUACCAUCUACAUUAUUCCUACGUUCUUCCAGAAUUCUUACCUCCCGAACAAACCCCUUGAUUCAGAAAUAGAUCUUCAUGAUGCGCACAUAAAUAUACUCACUUAUGCUCGGGUUGAGGUCAACACCUACGCAACUCCGUGUGCUAUGGCUUUCUUCAAAUGCGCUGCAGCGCUGGUACUCUCCGUGCUUUGCUUUUCACCGGCAACUAACGCUGCUCCUGGCGCAGGUAAAGCUGAUCCGUGUGCUAAAUUUGCUGGUCAGCAGUUUGUAGUUCCUGCGGAUGCUCUAGCCUGUUUAAAGUCAUUCCCAUUCAACGAGACUUUGCGUCAGAAUGUCCUCACCAACAUCGCUCGGGUCUUUGAUUUCUUUACUUUCGAAGAAUUCUAUUUGAAUUCCCCUCCGCCUUUUCAAGAAUCGACUACGAACAUACGAGCAGAUAUCGCACGUAUCAAUCGUACAAAGUUCGCGACGGACUAUAACUUCAACAGAGCAGUUUACGACUUCACCACUCAGCUCAAUGAUGGGCAUACCAGAUGGUUUCCCGAUUGCUAUACGUCGUUCCAGAACCUUUUGCCAGCUCCGAUUGUCACUCUCGAAGAGAAUGGCGUGCAAGGCGUAUUUGUCGCACCUGACUCAGUUGAAUUCAUCAGUCUCGUAGGCGCGGACUACCUCGCACACUUCGAACAGAUCGGGUUUAACUGGCAACGUCUCGCCGGUGCCAAAGUUCUCGAGAUUGAGGGACAAGAUCCUUUUGCUUACGCAGACCACAUUGCCAGCACUGAGUCUGGGAACUACUUGGACCACGGUGUUCGGGUGAACAGUGUCUUCAGCAGUUACCGGAUUUCUGGCUCAGACUUCUCUCAACGAUUUGGCGACAUCGCUGGCCCCGCGUUUCCUGACAGAAACACUCUGACUCUCAAACUCCUUCCAGUCAACUCGACUACAGCUGAGACUGUCAAAGUUCCCUACCUUGCCAAUUAUAUUGGAGCCCCAUUCACCAAUCAAGCAUCCUUUUGGGCGGUGAACUGUGCAGCAAAUGACGAAACAAACGGUGUGGACCUGCGACCACCAAGGAGUGCUGCUAGGGUCAAAACACCGAAACGUGCACGCGCUGUCAUCAUAGAUAAGACUCCUGCGAAUGGCGUCGGUCUGCCCGACCCGUUCAUUCCCCGAGUACCACCUGUGAACGGCAGCACGGGUGUAAUCAAGUCAUUCAUCCUCCCCGAUAACCAGACAGGCGUGAUGUUCGUCGGGUCGUUUGAAGGCGACUUUAAUCAAUUCCAGACAGAUACUCUGGCCGCCGUGCAGCAAUUUCAGGCAUCUGGAGUGACACGCCUACUAAUUGAUCUGACAAACAAUGGAGGUGGUUUCGUCUGUUUGGGUCAAUUUCUCCACCAGUUCCUUGUUGGUUCUCAAAUUGGCUAUCCUGGGUUCGUCUCCACGUCUCGCGCCAACCCUCUGGCUCAAAGGAUCGUGAAAGCGGACAUUGCGCAGGGCAACAAUGAUUUCAUUACGUUCUACAGUCCAGACAAUUGGGCAUUCCUCAAUGACACGGAAAUGCCACUCACAUUUGAUUACAAUGACCCGAGCCUUCCUUUCAAGAUCAAUGGUGUAAACGACCCAACUUCACAACGAUUCCAUGAUGUAUGCACGCCAUUCGCUGUGCCAAUCCCAGAGACGCCGCCAUUCGACUUGAAGAACGUGGCAAUAGUCAACAACGGCAACUGUGCUUCAACGUGUUCGAUGUUCAGUACACUCAUGUUCGAGCGUCAUCAAACGAAGAUUGCCGUUUUCGGUGGUAACCCGGGUGAGCAAAUAGAAUAUAAAGGUAUGGCUGGUAACCAGGUAUUGGAAUGGUCCGACCUGGACACCGAGAUCAAGACCGCUGGCGUGAAGGAUGAUCCCUUGGCUCCGCCUGACCUUCUCGUUUCCGGUAACAUGAGGCACAACUGGAGAACCGCCUGGAGUUUCCUCGACGAAAACGUUCCGAUCGCAUACAAGUCAGAGUUGCCGCAAUUCCGCUUUGCUUAUACGAAGGACACGUAUAAUGAUCCUCAGAAUCUGUGGGAGUUCGCGGCGAGCAAGUUGUUCUAAGUCAGAUUCCGCCGGUCUGGCGUAACUGCGCGCAGUCCUAUCCCAACUCCUGCAUGUAAUCAGAAUGAGCCAAUAGAAAGAUACACAAGGAGUAGUCCAAAUUGCGAGUGCUCUUGAAUCUAUUACUACUAAGCUGUAUGCUACGACACAUGCUGCUCGAAAGCUCAGCUUUUUACGCUAAAUAAGAGCUACAUACGCCCUCACCGGGGCGCAAUAACAUUGAAACCACUGAGCUCCCAAGGGUAUGUUAUAUCUGUCCAUGUACAGAAAGGAGAAGACAAAAAAAAAUGGAACAAGCAAUAAUAAUACUGUCACCUAUAACUUUCAGUGUGGAGACCGUCGUGCUUCGCCCUGCGAUGCACGCGGAGAAUGACUCGAACUUCUUGAACCAUCUCGAUGUCUCCUCAAAUCGGAACGCAAGUGAGUCCGUUCGUCAACUUCCUCAUCGAAAUCAUCUGCCUCUUCGACUUCGGGUAAUCUCUCCAAGCCUACAGUGUCGGCGGCGCCUAGCUCGUCUUCUUCAAAUGCAUUGAAUAGCGUUUGUGACCGUCGUUCCGACGGUCUACGUGUAUGGCCAGGGCCUCCACCGAUAGUUGUUCCUCCAGCACCACCCCAUCCAUCAAUGGACAUUCGACCCGAGAUGCUCAGCCGCGGGUUCAUAAGUCCCCCUUCUAGUGCUGAGUGACCGUUUGCAUGUACGGCAGUUUUCUUCCUAGAAAGUUCGAGUAAGUGCACUCCAAGGAAUGUGACGAUGAAGCCAGCAAGUAGGGAUAUUGAGUUGGCGGGAUUGUCGGUAUUGAAUCCUUGGAAUAGGAUGAC